AUGUCUCCCACCCCUCUCCACACCCGAGACACCAACUCCUCCAUCUUCCAGAACCCAGGCGAAAAACGCGGUUUCAUCGUCGUCAUCAUCCUCUCCGUCCUCGCUACCGUCGGCAUGUUCUGCCUCAUCAUCACGCUCGUCAUCUGCAAGAACAAGCGCGACCGGAAGAAGAGAGCGGCCAAGAUGGAUGCGGAGAAGAGUUUGAAUUUUCUGCCGGGCAGGAAGGGGCGGUAUCGCAAGUUGGAGGAUGAGGAUGAGGGCGAGGUGUGGAGUGUGGAGAUGGAUGAUCGGAGGCCGACGGCUUAUCAGGGGAGGUAUAGUGAGUAUCAAGUCAUAUUCCGCUCCCUCAUCCACAUCCACUUUUGUCGCCAGAACCCGGACGACCCCGACCCGCCUGUCCUACCAGCACCGCCAUCUACAAACCCGAUAUCCUGGUUACCCAUCUCAGUCAUGCCUCCCUGUUCUCAGGAAGAUGACCGCAUCCAACGCUUAGAGGAAGAACUUGAAUGGCUGACACUCGUAUCCACCUUGACCACAGAGCGGCAAAGGGAAGACGAUGAACCCAAGGUAUCACUGGACAGGAAGUCGAUGUCGAUGAAUCCGUUGGAGCGGAAAGCGACCAGAGACAAAUCAAAAGAUAAGAACGCAGAUACAACGGCAGUAGACUCAUGGCCACGCCCCUACCUCGAAGACCCCAUCUCUCCUACCACCAAGCAAGAAAUCUUCAGCCUUCUCCCACCUACAGUCUGGGUCGUCACUUUGAACAGAGUGUCACAUGACACCCUCCGCACCCUCUGUCUCUGUACCGCAUUCUCCACCGCCAAAGCAUUGCUAUCCCACCUCGCAGAUCAAUUCUCUUCUCAUCCGUUUCUUUAUGUGCCACAGGGGCCAGACGUGCUGAUAACAUAUCUCGCGCCUGGCAGCUAUGGUAGCAGUAAGGAGUGCGAAAAUACUAUCGGUUUUGAGGCACUGAUGACUGAAACUGGGGGAGUAAUCUAUCAUGUUAAGGCUAGGAAGGGGGGAGGGAAGGCCUGGCAGGGGCACAUACCAGAUAGGAAGGUUUUCGGACUGGGGUUCACGGAGGUUACUCAGGAGAAUGUUAGACGGGUACUGAGGGUGUGA